AUGACGACUUCGGGCGUGCUGGAUGACGAGGCACUGCAGCUGGCGCUGAAGGACGCGAGCGUCAAGGGUAAGCUCAGCCUCGCGUAUCUGGACCUGACGGAGAUCACCUCCGAGCAGGCGACGAGGGUCAGGGCGGGUGCGCCGAACAUCACCGAGCUGGACCUACGGUCGAACAACCUCACGGACCUGCCCGAUGAGCUCGGCGACCUCAAGGCGCUGCGGGUGAUCAAGCUCGACUACAACAAGCUGGAACACCUGCCCGCAAUGUUGACCAAGCUACCUCGGCUGACAAACCUGCAGAUGGGCGGCAACCUGCUGUCGACGGUGGACGCGUCUGUGGCUGAGCUUCGCGCGCUGACGGACCUCGACCUGUCAGGUAAUAGACUCAUCACCGUUGACCCGGCGAUCGCGCGGUGCGAGAAGCUCGUCUACCUCAACUUGGAGAACAACAUGCUCACCGCGCUGCCACCCGAGAUUGGCUCCAUGGAGAACCUCUGCGUGCUGGACCUGAGCAACUGCCAGCUCGCGACGCUGCCCGACACCGUGAGCGGCCUCGUCUCCUUGACCAGACUCGAGGUGAAUAACAACAUGUUGAAGACCCUCCCGCCCUCCAUGGGCCGCCUUGAGAACCUGAAGGACCUGGACUGCAGGUACAACCUGCUG